AUGGAUUUAGACAAAAAAUCUGUAGUAUUAAGAAAUCGCACGCCUCGUGAAAAAGCUAAAGCCCAUGAUGCUGUCAGGGAUUCGUUAUUAACUGAGUCAACGUCUGGAAUAGUUAAAGGUGAAGAAGACUCGACUAGUAUGGGUACAGAAUUUUCUAGCCCAGAUGUUGAAAGUAACACUGAUUUGCUUCCUGAUAAAAGUGAGACGGUGAAAUCAAGUAAUGGCGAAACUAAAGUUUUAUUCAAUGAUAUGGAAAAUGGAAAAUCGUGUAACACGAAAAGUGUUAGCUACGAAGAAAACCUCAAGGAGGAACAAGUCCUAAUAACUAUUACUCCUCCUAAACCUAAAAUACCAGAUGGUGGAUGGGGGUGGGUCGUUGUACUGUCAUCAUUUGUGAUCUCAAUGAUAGCAGACGGGAUUAGUUUCUCGUUUGGCUUGCUUUAUAUAGAAUUCUUAGACGAAUUUAAAACUAGUAAAGCCACCACCGCUUGGAUAGGAAGUUUAUUCAUAGCCGUACCUUUAUUAUCUGGUCCAGUGAUGAGUGCAUUGGUGGAUAGAUAUGGCUGCCGAAGUAUGACAAUAUUGGGGGGACUUAUUUCCACUCUUGGUUUCGUUUUAGCGUCAGUUUCUAACUCAAUAGAAUUUAUGAUGUUGACGUUUGGAGUUAUCGCUGGAUUGGGUCUCGGAUUAGUAUAUGUUACAGCAGUAGUAUCUAUUGCUUAUUGGUUCGAAAAGAAAAGAAACCUCGCUGUUGGUUUGGGUGCUUGUGGUACAGGUGUUGGAACCUUCAUUUACGCACCGAUGACACAGUAUUUCAUAGAAGAAUUCGGUUGGAGAGGCACUAUACUAUUAUUAGCUGGCACACUUCUUAAUUUGUGCGUAUGUGGUUGCGUCAUGAGAGAUCCCGAAUGGUGGAUCUUGGAACAGAAAAAGGAAAAGGCUGAAAAGGAAGAUUUGAAAUCGAUUAGAGACGAUGUUAAAUCGAAAAACUCUAGUUCCGCCUCGAUCGCCAAUUCAUUUACUUAUGACGAAGAGUUUUCACGUGGUAAGAACAUGAAACGUCUGAUCGCUAAAGGAGUUUCAGCAGAAAAAGUUAUUAAGGAUGAAGUAGCAACUAUACGGCGACGUGAGAUUAUGCUAUUGAUGAAAAAGAUGAAUAACGAAAAGAAAACACGUUCGCUUGUAGAUCUAAGAUCAAAUGUUAUAUGCAUUAACGAGGUCCCCAAUGCAUUUACAAAUACAAGUAAAGAAUGCGAUGACACCAUAAAGUAUGUGUCAUUUGCGAAUAAUAUCCACGAACGGGAUCUAAUCACAAGGAAGAAUGUACCGAAGAUUACCGAACCGCUAAUUAACCAACGUAAUUGUGAAAACAAAGACAAUACUAAUAAAAAGCCGCCUCAAGUAAGGCGAUCAAUGUCAGAAGUCAAAGAUUUAAGACCGCUAUUGAAACAAGACAGUAAAGAGAACAAAAGAGACUGGUUCAGGAAACAAUUGUCUAUAAAUCACCAUUAUCUACGGGAUCUAAAAAUGCCAUUAAACUCGAUAAGUCAUAGAAAUGCAUUGUUGAACAUUAAGAGAUAUAAAUUGAAGGCGUCCUCUUGUCCUGAUAUUUUUAAAAACUCGAUGGUCACAGUCAACGAGGAGGAAGAGAAAUGGUACGACGACUGUGUAUCUGUACUAGCGGAUAUGUUUAACGUGGAUCUCUUCAAAAUAGUUACAUUCAAUCUAUUGUGUCUCGGUACAAUCAUAAUAUUCGUCUGGUUCAUCGUACCCUACUUCUACCUAACAGAGCACAUGACGCAUAAUGGCUAUGGUGAAGAUGAUGGAGCUGUACUCCUGAGUUUGAUAGGGAUCACCAAUACUAUUGGAAUGGUAGGCCUGGGCUGGAUCGGCGAUCUUCCUGGUGUAUCGAUUGGCAAUCUCUACGCACUCUGCCUUCUCUUCUGUGGAGCUUCUGUGUUAGCCAUACAAAUAUUCAUUUCAAACUAUUGGCUACUGGCGUUCUUCUGCGGCCUGUUCGGGUUGAUGUUUGCAGCAGCUUUCACCUUUGUGCCGAGUUUAUUGGUGAAGAUUGUUUCCUUGGACGAUUUUACCUCCGCUUAUGGGCUGGUGUUACUGGCAGAAGGAAUUGGCCAUUUGAUUGGACCUCCUCUUUCAGGUUUAAUCUUUGACCUCACUUUGUCGUGGCAACUGUCGUUCUACUUGGCCGGGGGCUGGAUUAUAGUUGCAGGCGUUCUUACUGCCUUCAUCCAACCGAUUAGGUCUUACCAGCAGCGCAGAGAGGCUGAAAGAGAAAGCAAUAUUAUAUAA